UUAACAUUAUACGUUACAGUAAGAGAUUCUAAAAUUUAGAGUACAUUUCAUUUAAUUUUUGAAGUAUGUUAAUAAAUUAGAAAGAGUACCUUUUUCAAAUUGUUCAUGGAAACCGACCUUAUGAACAGAUGUCGUGUUGAAAGCGCCUUCAUAAAAAUGUGAAGUUUUGUAUCUACUCGAGCAGAGAUGCGUUCGAGAGAAGGAAAUAUGGAACGUUUUGGUGUUGAUUUGUUAUUGAGAUUAUGGUUAAUUGGUACAAUAAUUGUGAGUUGCAAUGCAGCAGUAUCAAAAAGAUCCUAUGAAAGUCAAAUUCCGACCCAAGGAUUGUACAAUGCCAGUGAUAAUGUAGUUAUUUUAAACGUUACUAAUCUUAAAUCCUCUAUCUAUGGUGACACAAAAGGUUGGUUAGUUGAAUUUUAUAAUAGUUGGUGCGGUUAUUGUGUCCGAUUUGCACCUUUAUGGAAAGAUAUUGCUAAUGAUAUUUACGGAUGGAGAGAUAUUGUAGUAAUCGCUGCAAUAGAUUGUGCAGCAGAUGAGAAUAAUCAAAUUUGUCGUGAAUAUGAAGUUAUGUAUUAUCCACUGAUUAAAUACUUCUCUGUAAAUGCAAAUCCAUCGUCAUUAGGUUUGACAAUGGCAAAAUUUGAUAGUGUUGAAGAGUUUAGACAUAAUUUAACUGAUUUGUUGGUAAAAGAACAACAAGAAGGACGGGGAACUUCAUGGCCUAACAUUACACCAUAUAGAAAUUAUGAAAUAACAAAUAUUUGGAAAUGGGUGCCAAAUACUGUGAAAUAUUACUUUCUGUUGUUUGAAAAGACAGAUUCACAUUUGGGUGCAGAAGUAAUAUUAGAUAUGCAUAAAAUUACAACAAUACAAAUAAGAAGGGUAUUGUCUGAUAAUGAAUUACUCUGUGAAACAAAUAAGAUUACCAAUUUUCCAAGUUUGAUAGUUUUCAGUCGUAAUGAGACACAGAAGUUUCUCAAAAUUAAAGUAGCCACAAGAGAUGGUAUAUAUAAUACUAUCAAAGAAUUCGUGGCUUCUAAAGGUGAAAAUAUAGAUGAAAUAAGCUCUACAAAGAGUCAUUCAAUGGAAUUUGAAAAUCGUAAUCCACAAACCAAUAAUUCAAAACACUUACAAGUAACAACAAAACCGCAGAUCACAGAGAUUACUAAUGACUAUCUGUAUCAACUAGAUUUAGAAAAUACUAUAAGAUAUUCCAUUAGUCAUGAAAUUCCAUUACAUAAAACAAUAAAGGGCGAAAAAAUGGAUGCAUUAAAAAAGUAUUUAAAUGUAUUAGCUGAAUAUUUUCCUCUAAGACAUGGCAACAUCUUUCUGGAAACAAUUUAUGAUGUUGUUAAAAAAAGAGACAAUAUAUCAGGAGAAGAAUUUAGCCAGAUAAUAAAAUCUAUAGAAGAAGAAAUGUCUCCAAUAUAUUCUGGUCCUUCACAAUGGGUUGGAUGCAAAGGGAGUAAAGAAGGAUAUCGUGGAUAUCCAUGUGGUCUUUGGACAAUGUUCCAUAUGUUAACAGUUAAUUAUGCUAUUAUAAGAAAGAGCACUGAACAUGAACCAAGAAAGAUAUUAGAAGCAAUGUAUGGUUAUAUAAAAUACUUCUUUGGAUGUGCUGAUUGCUCACAACAUUUUGUACAGAUGGCUACCAAAAAUAAAAUAUUUGAUGUUUCUAAUGACAAUGAGAGUAUUUUAUGGCUAUGGUCAGCACAUAAUGAAGUAAAUGCAAGAUUAGCAGGCGAUGCUACGGAAGAUCCGAAACAUAAAAAAGUUCAGUACCCCAUAAUUGAACAUUGCCCAAAUUGCAGAUUUGAUAAUGGUACUUCUUGGAAUGAAGAAAAUGUUUUGAAAUAUCUCACGGCAAAAUAUAGUUACAAAGGAAUAAAUUAUUAUGGUUCAGUUGAACAGAAUAAAAAUACUGGUAGUAAAAUGAAGAUAAGACAAGAAAGACUGGUGCUUAGUAAAUAUACGAGCAACAAGAAGAUUGGAUGGGAUUUCACAAUUUUUGAUAUAAGUAUUUGUGUUGUUUUAUAUAUUGCAUCUGCUGUUAUACUUAUAUUAGUUUGCAUAAAAUUUGCGGUAAAAAGAACAUACAGAAAAAGAGCUUACAUCAGUCUACUUGGCAAAGUAUAAAUUUUAUUUUUCUUGAUUGGAACUCGUAAAAAAUUUAUAAGACAACAAACAAGAAAUUGAUGAAGACAUAACUGUGCUCGUUAAUGUAUUGUACAUAUUUUAUGUCUCUUUUUUUAAUAUAUCUCAUUUUUUUUUAUACACAAACAUAGCAUUGAUACAUAGUUUUAUCUGUUUUUUUUUUUUUAAACCAUGUUGACUGUAGUUGUUUCAUGUAGAAUAUAGUGGCACAUAUUUAUUUUGCUUUGAUAUAAACAUUGUAUACUUUAACUAUUAGAGUAAAGAAUACAUGGUGACAAUUAUUUAAGUUUAGUAUGUAAAAUUUAUUCAUUCUUUUGCUGUAAUCUUUCCAUAAUUUAAUAUUUGCUUAUAGACAGAAAGUUUUAAAGCUCAAUAUAAAUAUUGUAAUUUAAGACUAUUGCAAAAUAGAAAAUAUACAUUACAGAUAUUUAAGGCUAUUGUAAAAUAUCCUGUGUUAAUAAUGAUUUUAAACUAGUCUUAUCAAUGUACAAUGCAUUAUGUAUAAUAUUUAUUGAAACUAAAUAUUGACAGUGAUGAAGUCUCUUGUAUGUGAAAAUUUCACACUUGUUUUUAAUUAAAUUAAGCUUUCUUUGUACAUAUUAAGAUUUAAUCCUUUCAGUGACAUGCUAAAACAUAUCUUUUGUAAUAAUUCUUCAUGUUUAUAUAUCUUGUUUAAUGAUGAAUAAUAAAUAUGACCUGAUUAAUAUGUAUGUAUUUAAAUUUGUAUCU